CGCGCAGAGGCCGCGCCACCCCACGGGCGGUGGCCGGAGCAGUGAGGCCACCGUGCCCCGCGCCCCCUCCACGCUCGGAAAGGGCUUCGGCCCUCAGCGAGUUGGUGGCCCCGACGCGGGAAGAGCCGCGCCUAGGACUGUGCGUCUGGCCUCUCCCGCGGCUUCUCGCCCUGACAAGUUUGAACAAUGAUCACAGUCAACCCAGAUGGGAAGAUAAUGGUCAGAAGAUGCCUGGUCACUCUGAGACCCUUCCGGCUUUUUGUCCUGGGCAUCGGCUUCUUCACUGUCUGCUUCCUGAUGACGUCUCUGGGAGGCCAGUUCUCAGCGCGGCGCCUGGGGGACUCGCCCUUCACCAUCCGUACCGAAGUGCUGGGUGGCCCUGAGUCCCGUGGCGUCCUCCGCAAGAUGAGCGACCUGCUGGAGCUGAUGGUGAAGCGCAUGGACACGCUGGCCAGGCUGGAGAACAGCAGCGGGCUGCACCCGGAGGCCGGCCACCCCCACGCGGCUGCCCACAGGUGAGGGCCGCGGGGGCAC